UUUGCUCUGCUGUCUGGUGCAGUCUAUUCCGUCGACUGCUGUUUCUGCAGGACUUUCAACAUGGCGGACCACAAGGAAGCUUCCGACCUGGUUGAGGAUGUGCCGUUGAAGGUUGAUCCGUAUUCGCAGGACAAUAUCACAUGGACGGAAGAGGAGGAGACGAGGGUGAGACGGAAGCUGGAUCUUCAGAUUGUGCCGAUGGUGACAGUGCUGUACCUCCUCUGCUUCCUCGAUCGUGCCAAUAUUGGAAAUGCUCGGAUUCAAGGCAUGGAACGCGACCUCAAUCUCUACGGAGUCCGCUUCAACUGGGCCCUCAGUGUCUUCUACAUCGUAUACUGCCUGGUCGAAGUACCAUCGAACAUCAUCCUCAAGAGAGUCGGGCCCAGGUUCUACAUUCCGCUCCUCGUCGUCGGCUUCGGGCUUGUAUCCAUGUGCACAGCAUGGGUAAACACAUUCAACCAAUUGUGUGUUGCCCGCGCAUUCUUGGGCGUCUUCGAAGGAGGCACAAUGCCUGGAAUCGCCUUUUUUCUAUCUGCAUUCUACAAGCGCAAGGAACUAUACUUCCGUGUAGGAAUAUACGUGAGCGCAGCAUCCAUGGCUGGUGCUUUUGGAGGUCUGCUCGCUGCAGGACUCGCCAAGAUCCCUCGAUGGGGAGUCGAAUCGGCACCAAUCCAUACAUGGCGGAAUAUUUUCUUCUUCGAAGGUCUGCUCACAAUGAUUAUUGGAGGUCUGGCACCUUUGAUUCUGCCGCAAAGCCCGGAGACAUCGACCUGGUUGACUGAGCGGGAGAAAUUCAUCGCCUCCGAGAGACUACGAAUCGAACACCGAGCAAAUGCGAACCAGGUCGUGAAGCCGCACCACAUCAAGCGUGCUCUGCUCAACAUCAACAACUACAUCUGUGCCGCUGGGUUCUUCUGCAUUAACAUCACUGUUCAAGGUCUCUCGGUCUUUAUGCCUACCAUUCUGCGCGAUCUGGGCUGGACGGCAACGAGGGCGCAGCUGUACAGCGUGCCAGUCUAUGUAUCGGCAUCUGCAAUCGCCAUUCUGAUCGCUUUCAUCAGUGACAAGACUAGGCAAAGAGGUCUGUACUUGGCUGCGUUCACCACUUUGGGUAUCACAGGAUUUGCGCUGCUUCGCGCGGAUAUGUCGGCCAAUGUUCGCUAUGGUGCCGUAUAUCUCUGUGCAUUGGGCGCUUUCCCCGGAGGCCCUGGUUUCCUCUCGUGGGGCUUGAAUAAUGCGGCUGGUCCCGCUGUACGAGCAGUCUCAGGCGGGUGGAUCGUGACUCUAGGCACGUUGGGCGGCAUUGUCGCAACAUGGACAUAUUUGGCAACAGACGGGCCCAAGUUUCCGACUGGACACACAAUCAACUUGUCUGCGCAGGUGGUUGUCCUCUUCUUGGCGAUCGGUGGUAUGCUCUACUGUCUGUACGAAAACCGGGUACGAGCACGUGGCGGCCGGAACAGUCGACUGAAUGGGCUGAGUGAAGAGGAGAUUGCAGACCUGGGUUAUCGGCAUCCGGACUUCAGAUAUAUGGUUUGAGGGACAGGUCAGCCUAUGCACGAAUUCAACAUGGAUACGAAUGAUGAUCAGAACGAUGAAUGUGCUUUGUGCGG